GGAGACGUCUAGGCUACGCUGAAAAGGCAACGGUGGAGUUGUUCAAGUGUCGGUGGUGUGCAUGUGAUAAAAGCGUCGGUGGAGAAUAGAAGACUUGGAGACGUCUUGGCUGCGCUGAAGUUGGUCAAGUCUUCACAGGCCAGAUAAAUCUAUUUCUCUCUCAAAAGUCAAGUCCCUCACUACUUUGCUUCUAUUCAUUCUUGAACAUCGAUUGAUCAAAAACUGCUAUAUUUGAAGUCGAUCCGAUCCCAACUUCAAGUUCCCACGAAACCCAGUUUUAUGCAGUAGGGAAGAGAAAUCAGGAAACACAAUUGCAUGAUUUCGAUCUCCAAGCCUUGAAAUAGCAAGUGUUGAAAGCUUCUCGUGUUACUCAUAUCUAUAGUACUUGGACACUUGCUCUUCUACAAGUAGAAAAAGUAGGCUUCGUUGGAAAUGAGCAUACAAAGAAUCUCUACAUAUUUCCCCCAUUCAACUCCUCAGUGGAAAUAUGAUGUUUUUUUGAGCUUUAGAGGCGAUGACACUCGCAAGGCUUUUACAGACCACAUAUACACUGCAUUGGAAGAUCAAGGAAUCAUAACUUUCAGGGAUGAUCCUGAACUUCAAAAAGGGGAAGCUAUUUCUCCAGCACUUUUUGCUGCAAUUGAAGAAUCGAGAUUUGCUCUCAUUGUUAUCUCACAAAAUUAUGCAUCGUCAACAUGGUGCUUGGAUGAACUUGUGAGAAUUCUUGAAUGCAUGGAAGUAAAAGGAACUGUGCUGCCAAUAUUCUAUGAUGUUGAUCCCUCUGAUGUACGAAAGCAAACAGGGAGUUUUAAAAGAGCCUUUGCAAAUCAUGAAGAAAGGUUUAAGGAUGACAAAGAGAAAGUGCAGAGGUGGAGAUCUGCAUUAACUGAAGUGGCAGGUUUCUCUGGGUGGAAUUCAAAGGAAUGGUAUGAAUCACAGCUCAUUAGAGAUAUUGUUGAAGUUAUAUGGAGAAGAUUACAACCUAUAUCAUUCAGUUAUGCAGAAAAUCUGGUUGGAAUUUACUCAAGAUUGCAGCCAGUCAAUGUCCUUUUAGAUGUAGGGGUGGAUGACGUCCGCUUCGUUGGUAUAUGGGGAAUGGGCGGGAUUGGUAAGACUACUAUGGUAAGAGCGGUGUAUGAGAGAAUCUCUCAUGAAUUUCAAUUCAGUUUCCUUCUUACCGAUGUUAGAAACUCUGUUGAAAAAAGUGGUCUACUUAAGUUACAAAAGCAACUUCUCUCUGGGAUUUGGACAAAGAAGGCCAACAUAUCAGACCUUCAUGAAGGAGCCAAGAUUAUAAGGAGGUUGUUAGGUGACAAAAGAGUUCUUCUCAUUCUUGAUGAUGUGAACCAUCCAAGUCAUUUAGAAUAUUUGGCAGGAGACCCAGAGUGGUUUGGUUCAGGGAGUAGAGUUCUUAUCACAACUAGAAAUGAGCAUUUGUUGAUUGAACAUGGAGUGGAGAGAAGAUUGAAGGUCAAAGAAUUAAAUGAUGCUGAUUCUCUUGAGCUUUUUAGCCGGAAAGCAUUCAAAAGAGUUUACCCUGAAAAAGAUUUUCUUGCUUUGUCUAUAUCUGUUAUAAAUUAUGCCAAAGGUCUUCCUUUAGCUCUCAAAGUACUGGGUUCUUUUUUGUAUGGAAGGGAUCUAAGUGAAUGGGACAAUACACUGGGAAAACUGGGAAGAGUUUGUAAGUUGGAAAUUUUUGACAUACUUAAAAUAAGUUACGAGGAUCUAGAUCCUGAAGAGAAGAAAAUAUUCCUAGACAUUGCAUGUUUCUUUAAUGGACAGAACAAAGAUCGAGUAACAAAAGCACUAGCCAGUUGCGAUUUCUCUGCAAUUAUUGGAAUAAAAGUCCUCAUUGAAAGAUCCCUCCUAAAUCUUUCAGAUGGAAGACUAUGGAUGCAUGAUUUGCUCAGAGAAAUGGGUCAUGAAAUUAUCCGCCUGGAAUCUCCUAAUGAGCCGGGCAGGUGCAGUCGGUUGUGGCUUCUUGAAGACGUCAAACAUGUCUUGACCCAAAAUACUGGAACUGAAGCAGUAGAAGGCAUAUUGGUGGACUCAACCGAGUUAGGAGUAGGCGUGGACAUGGCUCCGAAAGCAUUUUUAAUGAUGAACAAAUUGAGAUACUUGAAGAUCAAGAAUGGGAACCUGCCUAAGAGACUUGAUUAUCUUCCCAAUAGUUUACGGAUUCUUGAUUGGACGAGGUAUCCGUUAAAAUCUUUGCCAUCACAUUUCAACCCUCAGAAGCUACAGGAACUAAGCUUGUCUCAUAGUUGUAUUAAAUAUUUUCGGAUAGGAACAGAGCCUUUACACAAUCUGAAAACCAUUAAUCUGAGUCACUCCCUGAAUCUUGUCAACAUCCCAAACUUUAAAGGUAUGCCAUAUCUCGAGUUUCUGUUUCUUGAAGGUUGUAUAAGAUUGUAUGAGGUUGACCCAGGAAUUGGAGUGCUUGAAAGACUUACUGUACUGAACUUGAAAGAUUGUGAGAAUCUUGUGCGUCUUCCAAGCAAUGUAGGUGGCUUAAAAUCUCUCAAAGAUCUUAAUCUUUCUGGUUGCUCAAAGCUUGAAAAAUUGCCAGAUGAGUUGGGUCAUGUUGCCUCUUUGGAGAUGCUUGAUGUGAGUGGAAGUGGCAUAAGAGAACUGCCCUCCUCUAUUGGUCUUUUGAAAAACCUCAAAGUAUUCUCUCUUACUGGAUGUAAAGCAGCGUCACCUAAAUCAUGGAAUGUGAUGUUCAACCCGUUUCAGUUAUUGCGAAAAAGAAGUCACAUUCCGGCAGGAUUGUCGUUACCUUGUUUGUCUGGUUUGCAUUCAUUAACCAAACUGGGUCUAAGUGACUGUAAUCUUUCUGAAUUGCCCAGUGAUUUUGGAUGCUUGUCUUCAUUAAGAGAUUUAGAUCUUAGCAGAAAUCAAUUCAUUAGACUACCCGAGAGCAUCAGCCAACUCCCUAGACUUGGAGGACUUGAUUUGGCUUUUUGCGGCAAACUUCGGACAUUACCAAUGCUUCCAUCUAAACUCCAAGCACUUCAGUUGAAUUGGUGCGGCAAACUUCGGACAUUACCAGAGCUUCCAUCUCAAAUAAUAGUAAGCGCUGACAACUGCAUUUCAUUAGAAACAUUGGCCAAUCAAAUGGGACAAUGCAAUUCGGUGCAAAGUGGAUAUUUUGUUAACUGUUUCAAAAUGGUGGAGAAUGAAAGCUGUCAGAGUAUGGCACUUCCAUUGCUAACACGAUACCUUAAGAGUGAAGCAUCUUCUGACCGUACAAUGCAAUUCGGUCCAAAGUGGAAAUUUGACUUUGUUGCUCCCGGAAAUGAAAUUCCAGAGUGGUACAAUCACCAAACUGUGGGGUCUUCGAUAACUGUAGAGCAGCAUUCAGGUUGGUUUAGUGACAAGUUUAUGGGAUUCGCCUCCUGUGUCGUUUUUAGACUCCUCAAACCACUCACGCCUUUGGUUCGGUGGUCCAUUAUUUGCACACUGAGGGCCAAUGGGAAAGACAUUACCGACGAGGGUCCAUGGUUUGGGGGGAAGUGGGGUCAACCUGAGUCAGAUCACAUUUGGUUGUUGUAUGCGCCUCGUGAUGGAUACUGCUUUAAAAAUGAGUGGCAGGAUAUCUACUAUCAUCUUGUAUUCUCAUUUGAUACCCUCAUGGGAGAGGAAAUUGUGCAAGUGAAGAAGUGUGGGGUCCGUAUGGUAUAUGAGGAAGAUGUAGAGGAGCUUUGGGAAACAUUAUUGAAGCAGAGCAAUAUUGGCAUUAAUACCAAGCGAUGCCUUCAAUACAAUGAUGAGGAUGAAGCAUCUAGUAGUGCAAGCCAGGCUCUUCCAAAAAGAAUUAAGCAACUCCCCCUUGACAGCGCAGAACCCAGUGGAACCCCUUAUAUUCAUGACCAGAAACAUGGUUAAUGCAUUUUGUUUUUUUCUGUGAAAAAGAAGGGAAAACUUGAUUGUAAAAUUAUGGUUUAUGCCUACUGGUAGUGGCUUGAUGAAGCACCAAUAUUUAGUUAGGCCAAAAUUUUGGAUGUCUCUUUUA